UUAAUGCUCAGAAUGACUGAGAGAACUUCACAAGCUGGAAACGUCAUAUACCCCACGCCUGCUGCGUGAGCAACACUGCUUUGAUUCGACACUCCGUUAUCUGAUCAAAAAGGAGUAAGAUUACUUAGCAGGCUGUAAAGAUUUGCACUGACAGAAUCAAGACUCAACUUCUGAAGAGCAAACCCAAAGCGCAAUACUGAAGAUGAAGUCCAGCCUGGUUGUAACCACUCUUCUCUGCUUCACCACCUGGAUGAGCUUGGCCUUUGCCAGACCCGGAGAAAGCUGUUGUGUCUCGUGGUCCAAAACCAGAGUCCCACUUGACCGAAUUGUGAAUUAUGCCAUUCAGUCUGAAGAUGCUUGUCGCAUCAAAGCAGUACAGUUACGGACCGUGCUUGGAAAGACAAUAUGCGCCAAUCCCAAUGCUGACUGGACAAUACAAGCAAUGGAGCUGGUGGACAAGAAGAAAGCACCAACAACAUCCACAACAACAACAUCCGCACCAACAACAUCCGCACCAACAACAUCCGCACCAACAACAUCCACACCAACAACAUCCACAACAACAACAUCCACAACAACAACAUCCAAACCAGCAUCCACACCAGAAGCAUCCUCACUAUCAACAUCCACACCAACAACAUCCGCACCAACAACAUCUACAUCAACAUCCACAACAACAACAUCCACAACAACAACAUCCACACCAGCAGCAUCCUCACUAUCAACAUCUGCACCAACAACAUCUGCACCAACAACAUCCUCAAAAACAACAUCCACACCAGCAUCCACACCAGAAGCAUCCUCCCUAUCAACAUCCACACCAACAACAUCCACAACAACAACAUCCACACCAGCAUCCACACCAGAAGCAUCCUCCCUAUCAACAUCCACACCAACAACAUCCACAGCAACAACAUACAAACCAGCAUCCACACCAGAAGCAUCCUCACUAUCAACAUCUGCACCAACAACAUCUGCACCAUCCGCACCAACAACAUCCACACCAACAACAUCUACAAAAACAACAUCCACAACAACAACAUCCACAACAACAACAUCCACAACUAAAACAUCUACAACAACAAAAUCCUCACUAUCAACAACAUCCACACCACCAGCAUCCUUUGCCUAG